UUGAAGCAGGGUCUCUGUAUACAGCUGUGGCUGGUCUCAGAUCUGCUGCCAUUGCCUUCUGAGUUCUGGGACUAGAGGUGAGCACCACCAAAUCCAGCUUUAUUUAUUUAUUAUUUAUCUAGGGCUGUCCUUGAAUUUACCAAAAGAAGCUGAAGUUGACCUUGAACUUCUAUCCUCCUGCCUCUACUUCUAGGGCUAAGAAUUAAGGCCAGAACUUUACGUUUACUGGGCAGGUGCUUAUCCUAAGGACAACCCUAGAAGGCUGCUGAGUCUUCGACGGCCGGAUUGUGUCUAUAGAGACAAGUAGGAGAGGCAAACCUGUGAACCCUCUCUGCCGCCUCGGUCCCGGAUGCCAUCCUGAGCAUUUAGCCGUAAUGGCCAUGGGGUGGCGCCACACUCCACAUUUGACUGACAUUCCCGGCUAGUUCUCCCAGACUAGCACACCCUACCUGCAGAGAGUUUCUCUGCUCUGGCUUGCCUUUGGCCCAGCGCUGCUUAUCACUGAACUCCUGUGUGGGGUGGGAACCAGAUACCAGGCACAAGGCAUUGUCAAAAGUACACUCGAUCCUAAGGACCUAGCUCACAGCUUCUUUUGCCCCCAAGUCACCAAACUUACAUCACCUUCAUCCUACGUGGGUUGAAUAAAGUCCAGAAUACUCAUUUAUUGGAAGAAACAAGGUUAUACAAUUAAAGAUUCUAAAGAACACACACAAAGGCCACAUGCAUAACCUUAUUCGACAAUAACUUCAAAAGUCCAGUCGGGCCAUGCCUGUAAUCUGAGCACUUGUGGGGCAGAGGCAAGAGGAUCUUGCCAGCCAGGUGUACGUAGUAAGUACAGACCAGCCUGGGUUGAGACUUAGCUCAAACAACAAAAAGCACCAACGAUGUAAAUGUGUAGCUCUGAAGGAAUAUGAAACCCGGCAAACUGGCCAUCCUGAUACCUUACCUCAGCCCCCGUUUAUCACCAUGCUGGCUGUGGUACACCCUGCCUCUAGUCUAGGAUGCCAAGGAUUUCCUCCCACUAAUCAGUAUGUCCUUCCUACUCUGUCCUCUGUUUUUGUUUUGUUUGUGUUUUGUUUUUUUGUGGGGGAGGGUGGUUCGAGACCGGGUUUCUUUCUGUAACAGUCGUGGCUAUCCUGGAAGUCAAUCUGUAGACUAGGCCAGCCUCUGCUUCCUGAUUAAAUCUGCUGGGAUUAAAGUUAUGUGCCAGCAUGCCCAGCCGCAUUUCAUAGUUCUUAAUUUUUGUUGUGGGUACUGAGGCCCUGUACUCUAAGCUCAUGUUCUGCUACUGAGCUAGUGCUGUGGCCCUCAACUUUGUUUUGACAUAGAUUGUAUCUCCUAAAACAAAUUUGGCUUCAAGGAUAUUUUUUUAUUUGUUGUAGAUGAUGAUUAAUAUUUACUAUUGAUAUAUCUUUUAGUAAAUGCUGCUGUUAGUCCUAAACAGCUGUAUAACCAAAUCACCACACAGAGACUAUGAUUAAUUUAAUUAACCUAGAACACAAUGCUGGGCAAUAGUUACUCCAUCCUAAACCUCCAAGCCUUCAUAGUUUCCUAACAUUUAGAUUUCCCACAUUAUCCUUGCUUUUAGUGAUAUAUUAGGUCCAGUCCAUCUCGCCAUGAGAGAUCUCCAAGAUCUCUUUCUCAGCUCUGCUCUCCCAGCUCUUCUUGCCCUUUCUCCUCCCACUCAUUUCCUGCCCUCUGGCUCCUCCCCUCUUUCCUGUACACCUCUGGCUCCUCCCAUUAUGGCUAGUUGCUUUAUUUUGGCCUGUUUACAGACAGUUGAGACAGGAUGCUUAGAAUAAGUAUGCAAUAUCCGGAUUGAAAUCAGAGAGGUGUGUGUGUGUGUGGGGGGGAAUCAGCAUUUGAAUGAGCAAGGGUAAGAUGUAUAUGUUUCAAAAGAACAUUAUACCAACAUUUAUUGAUGGUUUUAUUUCUUUAUUCACAGACCUUUAUCUCUUUGUAACCCUAAAUGCCAUCUGCAAGCUGAAGGGAUGGCUCAGUAGAUAAAAGUGCAUGCCCCAAAAUCAUGAAGUCCUGACUUGAGAUCCUAACACCCAUGUACAAAGCUGGGCACAGCCACCCAUGUGUCUAUAACCCUAGUGAUGUGAGUGGUGUAGAAAUGGGGGUUGCCAGCCCACAACCUAUUUCCAGGUCAGUGAGGCACCUUGUCUCAAGGGAAUAUGACAGUGAGAGAGCAGGACCCGUGUGUCCUUGGGCUUCAGCACAGAUGUCCACAACAGAUACUCAAAAUAAGUAACAUCUACGUAUCUUUUUGUUUGUUUUCUUUUGUUUGAGACAAGGUUUCACUAUGUAUCCCUGGUUGACCUGGAGCUUACCCUGUAGACCAGGCUGGCCUCAAACUCACAGAGAUCCGCCUACCCCUGCCUCCCCAAGUGCACCACCACCACCACUCAGCUACAUAUUUUUAAAUUUUUGUUUGUUAGUUUGUUCUUCUCUCAUGCAAUACGUCCUGACCAGAGUUUCCCCUCCUCCCUUCCUCCCAGUCUCCUGCCCACCUCCCUUCUUCCCCAGAUCCUCUGUUUCUCUUCAAAAAAAAAAGAGCAGGCCUCCCAGGGAACAACCAAACAGCAUAACAAGUUACAAAAGACUAGGCACAGACCUUCAUAUCAAGGGUGGACAAGGCAACCACAUAAGAGGAAAAGGGUCUCCAGAGCAGGGGAAAGGGUCAGAGACACACCUGCUCCCCUACCGCUGUUAGGAGUCUCACAGAAACACAAGCUAACAGCCAUCACAUAUGCAGAGGACCCAGUGCAGACCCACAAGGGCCCAGGCUUGCUGCUUCAGUGUCUGUGAGCCCCCAUGAGCCUGCCUAGUGGAUUCUGUGGCCCAUGUUCUCCUGGGGUCCUUGACCCCUCUGGCUGUUACAGUCUUCCCUUUACCUGAGCUACAUCUCUGUAUCUUGACUCCUGUAUCUGUGUGUCUUAGUCAGGGUUUCUUUUGUUGUGAAGAGACACCAUGACCACGCAGCUCCCUCAAAGGAAGACAUUUAAUCGGGGUUGGCUUAUAGGUUCAGAUGUUUAGACCAUCAUGGCAAGAAGCAUGGCAGCAUGCAGGCAGGUGUGGUGCUGGAGAAGGAGCAUAGAGUUCUACAUCUUGGUCUGAAAACAGCAGAAACUGUUUUCUGUGUGCCAUAGUGGGUAGAGCUUGAGCAUAGAAGACCUCAAAACCUAUCCCCACGGUGACACACUUCCUCCAACAAGGCCACACCUACUCCAAAAAGUCCAUACCUCCUAAUAGUGCCACUGCCUGUGGCCAAGCAUGAGUCUAUGGGGGCCAGACCUGUUCAAACAUUGUUAGCCAAAAUCUCUUCCCCAGGCUUUGGCUUUAGAUAUCUUACUCCCUUUACUCAAUAUCUCCAUCUGGUUGUCUAAUAGGUGUCUCAAACUUGAAAUGUCCAAAGCAAACUGAUUUAUUUCCCAAUCUUAUGUGACCCCACCACCAUGCAAUCUUUACUGUCUUGAACUACACUUUGAAAUCUUUACAUACUGAAUGGUCUCACAACCUACAUCAAUCUAUCUACAAAUCCUCAGUUUUACCUUGAAAACACAUCCAGACUUGGUGGCAUGGUGGACAUGCAGAAGCCUGUAAUCCCAGCAUACAAAAUCAGGAGAAUUCUGGGCUAUGCUGGGAUAUAGAGAAAAACCUGGUCUUGAAACAAAAAUAAAACCAUCUAUAUUCUACCCAUUUCUUACCACCUCUGUUGUUAUCAAUCUAGUUCAAGACACCAUCGUUAUUGAUCAGGCCUCUUUAGUGGAAGCAUCUCACAAAAACCCAGAAGCAGAUGCUCCUUCUCACAUAUUUUCACUGGCUUUCCACAUCAUUUGGAUGAAUCAUUUCCAUGAGUUUACUCCAAAGCCUAAGUGACCAAACAUCCAGCUACUCACCGUUAGCUACUCCAUACUCUCUGGUUUUCUUUCAGUCCACCUCCCGAUGUCUGCGUUGGUUCUUCCAAUGUCAAAGCUCUUAGGUGGCCACAUAGCUUGCCUUCCUUAAUUUCUCCUAGAGAAUCUUUCCUUUAACAUAGCAACACCUAACAUCCUUUCUGUGGUGGGUUCUAAAUGUGCUGUGUGUACAGUGCUGAAGGCUGAACCCAGGGCCUCAAGUAUGUAGGCAAAUUCUAUAUAACUGACUUGCACCGCCAGCCCCCUCAGUAAAAGUCUGUGUGUUAGGAGAGGAGUUCAUGGGUAUGGGUGCAAGUGUGUGUGUGUGCGCGUGCAUGUUUAGGCCAGACACAAUGACACAAUUUGGGUGUCUUUUCAGUCACUGUCUACGUUAUUUUUGACCUAAGGCCUUUCACUUGGAGCUCACCAAUUCAGCCAGACUCACCUUCCAUAAAGUCCCAAGGAUCCUUCUGUCUGCGCUUCCCACACCCAGCCCCCCAGGCUCAGGUUACAGGCUUGUGCCAACAGGCGUUUGCCACAACUUCUGGUUUCUCAUUUGGUUCUGGGGCCUGAACUCAGGUUGUCUUGUGCUUCUGCGACAAGCUCUCUUCCAACUUUAUCUCUCCAGCUUCUCACCCUCUGAGAACAAUUUUUGACACUUCCUCCUUCAAGAGAUGAAGUCUACUGCCUGCUGGAGGCUGGCUUUGUGGGUGUUUCCUGCUCUUGAAGAGGACAUGAGUUGUUCUUAGCACCUGCGUCAGGUGGUUUACCCAGGUUCCAAAUAGGGAUCUGAGGGUACCAGGCCUGAGUGCAGUCCACAUACAUAAACACCCACACACAUAAAAUUAAAAAAAAAAAAAUUAGUGGAAGAGCAGCAGGUGUGGAUGCUGGCAUUCAGCUUACUUCCUCCUUUUUUAUUCAGUCUGGAGCCCGGCCAUGGAAUGGCACCCACACUCAGAGUUGGUCUUCCAUAUUCGGUUAAACCUUUCUGGAUGCCCUCAUUAAGGCACUCAGGGGUGUGUUUCCAUGGUGACUCUUAGUUCCCCUAGCUGCUGUGGGGCUGGGACUCCACCAUGGGACUCUGCAAAAAUGGCAAGUGCUCCUAACAGCUGAGCCAUCUCUCUAACCCCUCAUCCCUGCUUUUCUCAGCUGCCCCACAUUUCUCCCCAAUGUCUCCCCUGCCAUAAUGGACUGUGCCUUUCCCAGGUAAACCCUCUCUGGAGUUACUUUUGGCAGGUAUUUGUCACAGUAACCAAGAAUAACAAUGGAAACCUCAUGAGGCAGCUGGAGCAAUGACUGGACAGUUAAACACUGGCUGCUCUUGCAGAGGACCCAGGUUCAGUUCCUAGCACCCACAGGACAGCUCACAAUGAUUUGGAACUCCAGUUUCAGGGGAUCUGACAUCCUCUGUGGCCUCCUAGGUACCAGGCAUGUAUGUGGUGGAUACAUGGACAUGCAGGUGAAACACCCAUCCACAUAAAAUGAAAUAAUAAAAAACUUCAUAGGCAAGAAGUUAUGACUCCUUCAACCCCCAGCUAAACCAUUUUUAGUCCCUUUCCACAAAAAUAUGAGACAAUAAGCAUUUCGUUUCAAGUUCUAAACUUGGGAGAAUGACAAUUUGCUACAUGCCAAAUAGGUAUACCCCAAAUCCAAGCAUUAUCUUUUCUUUCUUUGUAAGAUUUAUUAUUACACAUAAAAUGUUCUGCCUGCAUGUACACCAGAAAAGGGCACCAGAUCUCAUUAUAGGUGGUCACGAGGCACCAUGUGGCUGCUGGGAAUUGAACUCAGGACCUCUAGGAAGAGCAGCCAGUGCCCUUAACCUCUGAGCCAUCUCUCCAGCCCGUAAAGGAGGCUGAGACAAGGAAGAUCUUAUUUUUUUUCUUCCUCAGAGCUGAGGACUGAACCCAGGGCCUUGUGGUCGCUAGGCAAGCGCUCUACCACUGAGCUAAUUCCCCAACCCCAGUCUUUUUGCUUUUUAUCCUGAAACAGAUCUCACCAAGUUGCUCAGCUGACAUUGAACUCUCUGUUGCUCAGGUAGGCCUUUAGCUUUGGUGAGCCUCCAGGCUCAGCCUCUCAAGCAGCUGGGAUUGCAUGUCUGUGCCACCAGGCUCAGCUUCAGUUACAUUUUUUUUUUUCAUAAUAUAUACCUCUGUCUGACACAGAAUAUAUUUUCUCCAAUGGAAUAAUCCCAAGUAACAGUGACACUGUUUUAUUCAGGCCUGUGCCCAACAAUGCCUGCCAUAAAGCACUCAAUAAAUGUGUGUGGGUCAUUUUGCCUUGUCUCCGGGGUAUAGGAAGCCUGAGCAGUGGGAUAAGAGGCAGCCUUCCUUUAAGACCAGGUCCUGGGCUGGAGAGGUCACUCAGCUGUUAAGAGCAUUGCCUGCUCUUACAGAAGUCCUGAGCUCUAUUCCCAGCAACCACAUGGUGGAUCACAACCAUCUAUAAUGAGAUCUGAUGCCCUCUUCUGGCAUGUAGGCACACAUGCAGAUAGGGCACUCAUACAUAAAAUAAAUAAAAUCUUUAAAAAUGAAUAAAACAAGGUCCCAGUCAUCCUUAGUCCUCUCCUUCAUCCCUUCCUAGGUUGAGUUCAUUUUGCUUGAUUCCCAGUAUUUGGAGGUCAGGGGGGAUACCGAUCUCCAUGGCCCCUCCAUUCAAGAACCACAAAAAGUCAUUUCUAGCCUCUCAGAACUGGAAUUUCCCAAGCCAGCACCUACUUUCCCAGGAGGAAUCUUACAUUGCUCUCUCCAGGUACAUCUGAGCAGUCAGUGGAAGCUGCUGGACCCAACUUCUGUACAUACAUCCUUACCCUUUCCCCCCAGUCAUCUGUGACACCUCAGGACAUGGCUGCCUGCCCCAUGCAUGCACCAAUUCCACUAGUGCACCCCGUGGGCCUACCGCGGUGGGGUGUGGGAGCUCUGCGUGAGGAUAGUGUAUAUCCUCAGACAGCCAUGAGCAUGGAAUAAGGGUGUCUCAUCAGGACUGGGCAGGUUGGAAAAGAUCGACUGGCUAUAAGGUCUGACAUGGGAGGGGAAAGGCAGAGAGUAGCCAAAGGAACAAAUAGGCUGAGCUCCUGUGGCAAGAGCUAGUGUGCCACCUUGCAGCAGAAGGAACUGGGUUUCAGAGUAGGCUGGAGUCAGCAGCAAGCAGACCCUGUGGUCUGGGCUGGGGCAAGCUGCGACUGCGAAGAGCUGAUGAACCAGAGGAGGAUGAGAGAAGAGAGAAAGGCCACGCCCAGAUCCCUGCCAUGUAGGGCAAGUUGUCCUAAGGCAUAUGUACCCACUAGGUGUAAAGUCUGAGGAUAGUCCCCAGUGCUAAAGGAUUUGUGUAGCCACAUGGCCGUGCCUGUGUCACUCUGCUGCUCACCUAGCUAGCUUGUGGCAGUCCUCAGGCUUUUCACAGGUAGGUCUCCUUGACCCAAAAUGAAGUUCAGGAAGCUCAGGGUACCUGAGAGGAAUAGGGUCAGGCUGCUCAGGGGAGAAACUGUGGCCUGCCAGACAGGACUCCCAAAACAGAAGAGGCAAAAAAGGUUUGGUGGGGUAGGAUAGGUCCAGUUGGCUCAAGGAAUCUGGGCGAACAUAUUUGGAAGCCAGGGACACAGGGGUGAAGAAUGUAUGUGCAAACUCAUCAUCACUGGAACAAAACGGAUAUUGAGAAGGCAAGAGUCAUCACACUCUUCACUCUUCCGGACUUACUUGGAAAAUCCUUAAGAGAACGUCAAGUGAGGCUUUUAAAAGGAGAAAUGUGUGUGUGUGUGUGUAUUUCUCAUAUGGUGUGUAUAUACUGAUGCGGUGUGCUGGUGGCAGAGACCGCUCAGUCAGAGCACAGACAUGGGGCCACUGGCGGGCGCAUAUGUGUACACCUGCAGUUGGAGAUGGCAAGUGGGUAGGGCCGGAAGUGAAGCUCUGUUCUGGCCAGGUGUUCCACAUUCAGCCCAGCGUCCUGCAGGGCUGUGUGAUUACAGCUUGCCCAGGCCUUGGACCCCUCUAGUGACCUUUAAACGGAAUGUGUAGGAUUGGGCCCGAACUUGUAACAAGGUAUGUUAAUGAGUGCACGGUGGUCCCUGAGUGUGGGUUUGCGGGCCCCGACCUGUGAAGCUGGGCGGGGCCGUGGAUCGGAGUUUACUAGCUGUGGGCUCCUCUCUCUCCACGGGUGUUUCCCCCAUAGUUCUCCAGCGCCCCCUCCUUCGAGUCUGGAUGUAAAGAAGGUGGGAGACACCUGUUGGAGGGCCACGAGGGGCCGAACCCACCCCGACCUCUUCCGCUGCGCCAUCCCGCCCGCGCCCGCCUUGCUGGGCUCGGGUCCCGCCCCCGGGACCGCAAGCAGCGGAGCGUCCUCCAGUGAGCGCGCCGCGGUCAGAGGAGCGCCAGGCGGCAGGAGCGCACGGCGGGGACCCUGCGCAGGGAACCCAGCUGACACGGAGCCGCCCGAAGCGCGGCGGAGCAGACGGACCGCCGUGGAGACACCCGGGUCUUCGGGCGGUGCCAGGCAGACGGCCCUCUCCUCAGGGCCCCGCCUGGUACCAGGAGCCCCCCCAGCAGGGGGACUGCGCCUGGAAGCUGUAAUGGAGGCCCUGCAGAGGCAGCAGGCAGCAAGGCUGGCCCAAGGGGUGGGGCCCUCGGCCCCUCCUCGCCUACCGCUUCCACAGCCUCCUCUGCUUGACACCCGGGCCCUACAGGCUCCUGAGGGGGCUUUGGGGAUGAUUGGGGCUGAAGAAGAGGAGGAGGCUGAAGAAGAUGAGGAGGGAGAGGCACCCUUGGCAGAAGAGGAGGUGGCUGAGGAGAGACAUCCAGGAACCCGAUGUCCCGACGCAUCAUCCAGCCAGCCCCCUGGAAUCCAAGCACAUGAGUGGACCUAUGAGGAACAGUUCAAGCAGCUAUAUGAACUCGAUGCGGACCCCAAGAGAAAGGAAUUUCUGGAUGACCUGUUUAGCUUCAUGCAGAAGAGGGGGACGCCAGUGAAUCGGGUGCCCAUCAUGGCGAAACAGGUGCUGGACCUGUAUGCGUUGUUUCGCUUGGUGACAGCCAAGGGCGGCCUAGUGGAAGUCAUCAACCGAAAAGUAUGGCGAGAAGUCACACGGGGCCUCAGCUUGCCCACCACCAUCACCUCUGCCGCCUUCACCCUCCGCACCCAGUACAUGAAGUAUCUGUACCCGUACGAGUGCGAGACGCGGGCACUCAGUUCCCCAGGGGAGCUCCAGGCCGCCAUAGACAGCAACCGGCGUGAGGGCCGUCGCCAGGCUUACACCACGGUCCCGCUCUUCAGCUUAGCCGGGCCCACGCCUCGGGGCGCUCCCGGCCCCGCCUCGAGUCACGGCCCCGCCCCAGCCGCGAGCCCCAGCUGCCCAAGUCCCGCCCAGGGUUCCACCUCUGGCUUGCCGGCUCACGCUUGCGCUCAGCUGAGCCCAAACCCCGUCAAGAAAGAGGAGAGUGGACUUCCACCCCCGCGUCUGGCGCUUCCUGUGGGCUUUGCCUUGGAGGCUGCCCAGGAGAAGCUGGCACCAGAAGAACCUCCAGAGAAGAGGGCUGUGCUGAUGGGCCCCCUGGAUCCACCUCGGCUGAGGGCACCCCCCGGUUUCCUGCCCCGUGGCAAGGCUCCCCUGAGGGAAGAGCGAUUGGAUGGGCCCCUCAGUCUGGCAGGCAGUGGCAUCAGCAGUAUCAACAUGGCGCUAGAGAUCAAUGGGGUGGUCUACACUGGUAUCCUCUUUGCUCGCCGCCAGCCUAUGCCAGCGUCCUUGUGUCCAACCAAUCCCCCACCCCCACCCUCGACAGGCCCCCCUUCCAACACCUUGCCCUGAAAGCAGCUACUGAGAGCUAAGGGUCCCAGUUGCUGAGGGGAGAAAAGGUACCGUCCCACCUUGAUUCCUUCAGGGUGUGAUGCCCACUCUCGGAUCCAGUCCUGGGAGAUGUCAGCAUGCCGCCUCCACACCAAAGGGGUUUCUUAUGCUCUAUCUACCUCAUUGUAAAAGGAGGACACCAACUCCCUCGCUAUUCCAGCAGCAUCUACCAAAGAGCUCUUCCCUCAAUAACCCCUAUCACCCACUCAUGUGACCAACCCCUGUGACAGUGUCAUCUUUGGUAUUCUACCUCUAUGAGUCAAUUCUCCUUUCCCAGAGGCAGGUGGAGGAUUGAAUUUGAAUGUGAAGCUGUCCUUUGGGUUGCAUCUGGAAAAUAAAGCUGUGCUUCCUCCGUUUC